AGCGGCCACUGCUAAACGAGAAUUGUAAAAAUGGCGGAUGAGAGUGAGGAUCAGUGGUUAUAUGGUGAUUCAGUUGACGGAAAAGAAGCUUCCACUGCUGUUCCGGAAUUGGCAAAUACAGAAAAUGAUGGAGCUUCCGACACUCAAGAAGAUCCGUUGCCUUUGUCCGAACAAUUACCUUUCACCGAAGAACCACCGGGUGAAUCCGAGCACGCAGGUCCUUUGGACGACGAGCAGUCAGUACCAUUGGAACCAGAAAUAACGCCCAGUGAGCUAGAAAGCAAUGAGAAUGGCACGAAAGAAGUAUCAGGUCAAGAAGAUGGUGACGCAGCCACUGAUUCUGACUCAGAUGACGACGUUCACGUCGUUAUUGGAGAUAUCAAAUCCACCCCUGCAUACAGCAGUUUAAAUAUCAAAAGAGGUGGGCUGCUUGGAUCAGCAACUGGUGUACCAGAUAAACUGAAUAAGCAGCCAGGAAAAUUCAGCAUUGAUGAAUUUGAAACAAUUGGAGUUAUAAAUGGAAUGCCAGCACAUGAAUUCAACCUAGACCAACUAGAAGAUAAGCCCUGGAGACAGCCGGGAGCUGAUAUAACAGAUUAUUUUAACUAUGGUUUUAAUGAAGAAACGUGGAGAGCAUACUGUGAAAGACAAAAGCGAAUGAGAAGUGAAUCUGGUGUUGGAUUAAUCUUGAACGCUGGUGGUGGAGCUAAUAAUCCAGGGGGUGGUAUGCGAGUACCUCAAGUAGCAAUUACUAAUGAUAAUAGUAAGUAUUCAGGUAUCAUGGGUCCGAAAAGAGCGGGUCCACCCCCUGGCCGAAAAAUGGCAGGGACUAUAGAUGUAAUUGGAAGUUCUGGCCUGGCUUCUAGAAGAAAUUUAGACAAAUCCCCACCCAAAGAAAACGUGAUUCAAGUAAUGACUGCCGACAGAAGAGAAUACUCUAGGAAACCGGGGUUCCCCGAUAUGAGCGUCCCACCUCCUGGAGCAGGAAUGCCACCUCCGUUUGACAUGCCUCCACCAGGUUAUGCUGGGGAACCACCGCCCUUUUAUAUGCCAGAAACAGAUCCCUAUUAUCAGAGCUACGAACCCACGCAGGACAGCCAAUGGGGAAACGACCCGACAUGGCAGCCAACCAAUCUUGCAAUUCCAUUGACAGAAAGUGAGGAAGACAAAGAUGCUGGACCAAAAACUAUACCUACAAUGGUUCCGCCAAUAUCAAUUCCAACCCUACUGCCUCCCAGAGAGCCCAGGGAAGGAAGAGAACGAGAUAGGGACCGCGAUUCCGUUGCACGUGAUAGAGAUCCUGUGGUACGAGAAAGAGAUAGAGAACGUGAUAGAGAUAGAGAUCGAGAGUCUGCCCCGAGAGAUCGGACCAGAGAAAGAGAUACAGAAUCUGUCGCUAAAGAAGAUGAGAGGGAUAGAGAUAGGUCGAGAUCUCAGCAUCGUCACAAAGACAGCAGGCACAGGCACCGGUCAAGAUCGCGUACUCGCCGACACAAGUCAAGGUCACGAAGUCCUACCAGGCGUAAGAAGAAAUCUCGUAGAUCAGAGCGGGAACGUUCCAAGGAAGAAAGUGAAUAGCUUUUUAUAUUUCCGUAUGGCUGUAAUUAAGAACAUCUAACGGCGUGUAUUGAGGUCUGUAUGUACUGAAAUGCUUCUAUUCCUUGACUGCACACUUACCAAUUUGUUACUAAAAAAGUUAAUUGGAUAAGCCGCUGACGAUAUACAUUACCAUUAUUUGAAUACUUCUAAGGCAUCAACGUUUCAUUGUAUUAUAUGAAAGUAUUUCGAAAACUUGUAUCUAAGGUCGGUGUAUAUUUUUCUCUACGCGCCAAAAAUGGAGAUCAAAAUGUACGGAAAUUUUCUGAAUUUCACGGUACAACAGAUCAUUGUUAUAGAAAGUUGAAAUAAUAAAUCUUGAUUCAACAAAUUAACCGUGACGACUUUUCCUGUUUUGUUAGUAACAAUUACUUAUGAACAUAUAAGUUCAAGUAAUAACCAAAACACCUGUUAAUUAUAUUUACAAAUAAAGCUAACAAGUGGGUGAUUAAUACGUGAAUUGGUGAUCGGCGAAUCUGAAAAUCUAUUCCAUUCUUAGUUAUGAAACAAGACUCCACCGUAACAUGGAUUAGAAUGAACAAGCCACAACAUUACAAGGAAAAAGGUGAGAGAUGAAAGCCAAAGCUCUGGGUGAUUCCCAUUCAAUGUAUGGUUUUAUAUCAUAAUGUUAUUACAGAAAUGGUAUUUCGUUAAUAAUUAAGAGUAAUUAUAUUUAUUGGUAAAUCACUUGCGGGUACAUCAAUUGACCGAUGUAUCGUCGAAACAAUAUCGAUCAUCGCACAUGCGUCUUUUUCCCAACUAUUCCGUUACUUUUAUUUUAUUAUUUUUUUUUUGUAUUUUAGUUUUUUUUUUUUACCUCCAAAACUUCAUCAUA